AUGAGCGAUUUGCUCGGCGAGAUAAAAAAGACGGGAGUUGACGACCGGGAUGAGCAAACGAACAACAACAACAAACAGAUGAGUCGUUUUUUAUCAACAAAAGGCACUAACAAAGACGAAUUCGUUGACGUUGAAAGAGGUGUUUCUUCAGAGCCGUCAACAUCAACCACUUCGUCUCCAACGACGAUGGAACUCUUCUUAAGAGACGCAACAUUGAUUAAGAGUCUUCUUUCGGACAUACGAAAACAGCUCGUGAACUUGCAUCAACUCCACGAACGCGGAAAGUCCGCUUUAAAAUCAUCAGAAAUGUCAGAAAUCAAAGACGAAAUGAACGCGUGCUCGGAGAAGGCGAAGACAUUAGCGCGUGAAGCUAAACUGCGCGUGCAAAACAUGGACGAAGACUUGAAAAGAUUGCUACGAGAGAAAAAAAUAAGCGCGGAUGGAAGCGAGAAACAAACCAGAGAAACUGUUUCGAACGCUUUGAAAACAAAGUUGAAAGAGCAAAUGGCUGAGUUUCAAGUCCUUCGCGAGAAGUUGCGCACCGAACACAAGGAAGUCAUCGAGAGGCGAUUCUUUGCGUUGACUGGGGAACAAAUCGAGGAAGAAAAACUCGAAUCAAUGAUUGAAAACGGUGCCGAUGAACAAAUGUUUAAGCAAGCGAUUUUAGAUCAAGGCAGAGGUUUGAUAUUAGACACGGUCGAAGAAAUUCAGGAACGACACAAGGCAGUUCGAGAGUUAGAGCGGCGGUUGUUAGAUUUACAUCAGAUCUUUUUAGACAUGAGCGUUCUAGUCGACGCGCAAGGAGAGAUGAUAGAUGAUAUACAGGAACAAGUUUCCAAGUCGACCGAGUAUGUAAAACAAGGGCAAGUGGCGUUAGUGAGUGCUCGAGAAUACCAAAAGAACACGCGGAAAUGGGCCUGCGUGUUUACGAUACUCAUGAUGAUUGUACUCCUAGUUAUAUUGCUGCCGAUUUUGAAACCGUGGAAAUAA